CCUGGAUCCUUAGAUAUGUCUUUGGAAUUAGCGCCCAGCCACCUACCUCUGCCUCCCUCUGACAAUAUUUUCUUGAUUAUAAAUACUCAACCUGGAAAUUCUAAAAUUAUGCUUACGGGCCACACUAUACAUAUUUAAAUUAAACAAAUUUUAAAUACACAUCAUUAUAUGAACUUUUCGUACUCUAUCUCAACGAGCGCAGCUUCAUGCAUACCAUCUAUACACCCCCUUCUGAAAAACAAAAUAAACAGUCCAUUUCUCAGGCCUGGCGAAACGAGGAAUGGCGCUUCUUCGUCAAACAACGCUAAUCCUAGCAGUAACCUUUCUUCUCGGUGCCGCCGCUGCUGUGGAAACGGAGCUUCUCAGAGGCUUCACGGCCACGCCAAGCCGCUCGGAUUCUGUAUUCCAGCCCAUACUCCGCGAUCCCACCGGGAACUUCUCCAUGGGGUUCCUGCGGAUCAAUGGAUCCGGGCUUGCCUUGGCGGUGGUCCAUGUAGCAUCAUCCGAGCCGCUCUGGUCUGCAGACCUAGCCGACCCAGCUAGGUUGUCGGACCGCACAGAGCUCUCCUUCAAUGGCAGCCUCGUGAUUUCAGACCCGUCCACGGGUGUAUUAUGGUCAACCCGCACGGACGGGGACCGGGUAGUGCUCCUCAACAGCUCGGACCUCCAAAUGCAGAAGACCGAUCCUCCAGCCGUUCUCUGGCAGAGUUUCCACUUUCCCACAAAUACCAUCGUUCAGAACCAGAACUUCACUUCUAAUAUGUCCCUCGUCUCAUCGAACGGUCUCUACACAAUGAGCCUAGGCGACAACUUUAUCGGCCUCUAUGCGAAUUUCGAGCGUGGCAAGGAGCAGAUGUACUGGAAGCACGGGGCAUUGGAGGCUAGGGCCACGAUCGUCGAGGGCGCGGGCCCGAUUUACGCUCAAGUCAACUCGGACGGGUACCUAGCAAUGUACCAGAAUAGUAGUACGGCCGUGGAUAUUGAGACCUUCAGCAGCUUCCAGAAGGCUGUUGACUCUUUUGUUCUGGUACGUUUAGAACCGGACGGGAACCUGAAAGGGUACUACUGGAACGGGUCAGAAUGGGUGAUGGACUAUCGGGCGAUAUCCGACUUCUGCGAGUUGCCCAGCCCCUGCGGUUCGUACGGUUUGUGCGCGAGGGACAAUGAUAGUUGCACCUGUCUGGACAACCACACCGAGCCUCAUUCGGGUGGGUGUGGGUACGGGUCAGGCGACCUAUGCGAGGCGCGAACGUACAAUGUGCACUUUCGGGUCUUAAGGAGGAGCGGGGUGGAGCUGCCGUACAAGGAGCUGAUGGGGUACCAAACAGUGUCAUCUUUGGAGCAGUGCGAGAGCAUUUGUGAGAGCAACUGUCGCUGCUGGGGUGCAGUCUACAAUAAUGCGUCAGGGUCAUGCUACGUCCUGGAUUACCCGGUGCAGACCCUCAUGAGCGUGGACGAUGAGACUAAGCUCGGGUACUUCAAGGUGAUCAGCGAGACAGGACACCGAGGAAAGGGCUACAGGAUCGGUUUUGGGGUUGGAGUCUCGAUGUGGGUCAUGCUUGGAUUGGUCGUUGUCGGGGCGAUAUUCGGGUUUGGAUACUACCGGCGCUGGAGGAGGAGGAGAGGGGUGAGUGCAUACUUGGAGGAGGCGAACAAGGUAUCCCCCGGCCCGUAUAAGGAUCUCGGGUCGGCCAGUUUCCGGUCCAUUGAGAUGAGCAGUGGAUAAUCACAACUACUUGCAACCAUCUAUGUAGUCCACACCCGAUCUUACUCGGCGAACUUCACGAGUCUGACUACUUGGUGUAUCGGUCCAAUACAAGCGCAUCGAUGGGCUCGACCUAGCAGCUAGGCGAGCCUAUUAUUUGUCGUUUAUUGGACAGAAGAGACGAGGUCAAGUUGUGUGUUUUGACGUAAGAGAUGACAACAUUGGUUUUGGUUGGCAGACAUUAUAGAUAUAGUGGAAAUUGACCGGCACUUAUAUUAUGUUUGUCCAUUGGCGUUGAGCAGUGCAAUGCAGCCAACAAAGCUAAUGUCUUUUAUUUUUUUUGGCUGAAUAACAAAGCUUAUGCGUGAUGGUGAGAGGGGGUGGAUCAGAUCAGAUGGCGGGUCAAACUUUGUCGAAGAUAAUCUUCAAUCGAAUCUCUAACCUUUUUC